AUGUAUAAAGCAUUUAAUGCAAAACAUUAUAGUAUAGGAAUUGCAGAUGAUAUGAUGUCAGCUGGAUUACAAUUGACGGAUUUGAAUUUACUUGAUAGUACAUGCGAACGAUUGAUUCAUGACACGAGUCAAGAGCGAGAAUUAAAAGAGACUACUGAUAGACAACAGUUUUGGGAGAGGCAAGCAUCAUGCGUACGACGUGAAUUGCAUACAAGUCAUAGGAAAAAUCGACGAUUACUGCAUUCAACGAUGCCAAAACAUAUUGCACUUUUACUUCAAUCUGGUGUAAAAAAAACUAAUAAUACCAGUGAAUGUCAGCCUCUUGUUACUAUUAUGUUCGCAAAUAUAGUCGAUUUUAAAACAUUAACUGGUCAUCUUGAUGCUGCUAGCGCUAUUACAUAUCUGAAUAAAGUUGCUACUUUAUUUGAUACGAUUGCCGACCAAUUUGAUAUAUUCAAAAUAGAAAUAAUAACAGACGCAGGGUAUAUGGUAGUUGCUGGUAUACACCAUCAGUCAUAUUUAGCUCAAACGCAAAAUAAAUCACAGUUGUCACUAACAUCGUUGUUGAACGAAGAAGAUCAUGAGGAUCAAAAAAGCGAUGAUGGAAAACAAAUUCUUUGUGAAUUGAAUUUAGCGGAAAUAAUCGCAGCAUUAUCACUUGAACUUCUAUGUGCCAGUGAAUGUAUUCAUAAUCCAAUUACUUUUAAACCAUUUGGUUUAAAAUUUGGUAAGAACUCUUGA